AUGGUUUCGGCUAUGAAACCUUUUAAGUGCACAGAUUGCUUGAGGAGGUUUAGAACAGAGAACGGCCUUGCUGAUCAUCAAAGAGCCGUACAUCCUGACCCAGUUAGGGAUUCGCUAUUGAAACCUUAUCCGUGUAUGGUUUGUCCGAAGCGGUUUAUCACAGAAAAUGACCUAAACAAUCAUAUGGAAAAGGCAAACAAGAAGCAUAAGCUGAAGCAUAAGAAAAUGACAGGUAAUAUCAAUCAAUUGUACUAGAACAAGAUCUCCAUACAGUUGGGGUUCAUUGGGCUGCCGACUACGAGAUGCAGUGGUUUAUUAUUUUGGGAAGUAUAGAUUUUAAGUAGUACGAUAUAAAGGGAAACUUCAGUAACUUUAAUACAUAAACACUGACGGGCUUAAGUAAAAGCGUUUGAGCGACAGAAGGGAAGGGAGCAUAAUUUUCUAGAUUUAUUGCAUUUGGCGCUGAAGUUGUAAUUUAAUUUAGGCUUCCAAUCCUGUCAUGGUCUGUUUGCUAGCUAUGGUCUAUGGUAUGUUUAUUCAAAUGAUCUAUAAAAUUCAUAACGAAUUUAAGUAACUUAAUUUUUUUUUGGGUUUCAGGUGAUAAAUCUUGUCCGGCAGAUAUAUUCUGUAAACGUAAAUUUCAAUCUCAGUACAAGUUUACCCCCCUUGCCCUAAAGCAACAUACGAACAACCCAGGCAAUUGGCAUGAAAAAGGUAAUAUUAGCGUAAUAAAACUUUUACAUAAACGUUUAUUUAUACUCGAGUCCUAAUGGUACUGUGAGUCAGACAAUGAGUCAUUUAAACAAAAAAAGAAUCCCUGAAUGCUAACUGUUAUCGAGUCAGUGUUUAACCCUGCCUUUAUAGACACUCUGUAUGGAUAUUUAUGACGAAAGCGUGUUACGAAAACGACGUCCGCAGGUAGCCAAAGAGAGGCUCACAAUGGUUAGUGCUUACCCAGUCACUGAAGUCAGUGCUUAAACCUAAUCACUACGUAUUUUCAGUACUGACUCAUAACUUGACUCGUAACUUAUAGACUCAUUUGACUCAUAAAACAAGCUUUCUCAGGUCGCUUUCUCACGACAUGAAGGGAAAACCGAAAACUACUUUUUGAGCGAAGGACGCCAACCGGAAGUGGACCUUUUUUGUCAAGUUUUUGUGGACCUUACGGUGCACAACGUUCAAUAGCAUCAUCAUUUUGAUCUUAUUGACCAAUAAAAACGUCGCAUUCAUUCAUUCCGUCACGGUAAACAAAGGAUUGUGCACCAGGAACUUCCAACAUAAACUGCAGCACCGCUCUCCUCUUAUUUUUGAAGCUUGCCGGCUUUGAUAACCAGUCUCCCAUCAUAUGAGCACAUGACUAGAUUUAGAUCGUGAGAUGUUGUGCCAACGAACCACAAAAUUCACGAUUAAUUAGGCAGUCCAGUUGCCUCCUAAAAACUACACUUUGUAAUAGUGACUUAAUUUGCUUUUUUAGGACUCUUGGAUCAAGCUUGGACCAGCGCCAAAGUGAAUACAUUCAUAAGUGACGAGCUGCAGCCAGAUAAAGAAUUUCAUAAUGUGUAUAAUGAUGCUAUUGAUUCCUUGUACAAAGAAUUACAAAGAGUCUUGCGGAAUACAUUCUAUGGAAUUCAUAACUUGAUCGAGGUUAGUGGCGCAUAA